AAAUUGAUGUUGAGUCAGUUUCAAGACUAAUAUCACAUGUACGGGAGCACUGUUUCGAACUUAGUUAGAACGAACUGUAAUCUUUUAUAAUCAAAAUUACAGGCAUAUUAAAAUAUGCCAUUUACUUUUGCCAAAAUGAAAGACGAUUUCAUUCAUAAAUGAGGAAAUGUCAUUCUAACAACAGUGUUUGGAGAAGAAAAAAAUAAUAUCGGGGGCCACCCACAGGCUACAACAGAGGAGUUGAUGAAUGCUAGAUGUACCUGUGGUGUACAAAUAUCCCCAAUAGCUGAGGUGUGGACCUAACACACCCACAGCAGCCAUGCCAGCAGACUUAUUUAUCUGUGGCUCCUGCCAUGCAAACUUCAGUGACAUUGACAGCUUUGUGCAGCACAAGAAAGAGCCUUGUGAACCUGUCAAUACAGAUGCUGAAGUCUUCACAGAGUCGACAGAUGGCAGCACUGAGACCAUCAUACCACUCAAUGUCGAAGCAUUGAACAAUGCUGUGAUGACAUGUACCGAGCCAUCAGACGGGUCCGAACCUCAGACGGUGAUCAUCAUCCAGGGUAGCUCUGGGGAAACCUCUGAUCUCGCCCAGACAAUUACCAUGCAGGGAACCUUCUCUACCGCUGAGGAUGGACAAACCACUUUCAUUCCUGACCCAUCAGCUGCUAAUGUACAGGACCCUGUAUCCAACCUUACACAGACCCCAGCACCAGCAGGAAAGAAAAGAGGAAGGCCUAAGCAGAAAGGGUCUGUUCGUAAGCAAGUAGAAGAAAAACCUCCUGUGAAACCAUCCAAACCAGAAAUAGGUUCUGAUGGCCGGUUUGUCUGCUCUAGCUGUAAGCGGUCGUUUACCAAAGAGAGGUUCUUCACUACACACAAAUGUAUGGGGACGACAGACUAUGUGGAUCUCUCCAGGAAACAGGUCCUAGACCUCGAUUUAGAUGUAGAUGAGGUAGAAGAGGACCUGGAGGCAAAAGAUGACCACGUGUAUCAUCUAGAGGAGGAUCAUCCAUCUGACAUUGAUGAAGAGGACAAUUUGGAUGAGGACUCAGAAUUCAAAUUAAAGGAACCCCAGAAAGUUACUAAGGAGGAUGACUGGGAGAAGCCUGAGAAUACAGAUGGUGUGCAGGUGUUAGCUGAUCCAGAUGUGGACAACACUCGCACAGAAAAACCGGCUGACUUCAUCACAGACCUGCCAAUAUUCACCUCCGAGGAGGAGAAACUCAAGUUUGAACAACAGAUGAAUGUAGAUCUGAGUGGGGUAGACUCUAUGUUUAAACAGCAUGCUAUAGCCCAGGAUCUGAACGAGAAAGCGCCCAUGACAACACGCAUGGUGACCACCUCCCUGUCACUGUUUUCCUGUUGUGUGUGCGAGAAGAUCUUUAAAACUCUGUCACAUAUGAGAUUACACUGUCUGAUCCACACUGACCUUAAGCCUUUCAAGUGUCCAAAGUGUCGAUAUGCGUCCAACUCCAAAGGCAACCUGUACACACACAUGCGGAAACAUACCGGCCAGUACUACAAGUGUACGGACUGUUCCUUCAAGUCUGUCAACAAAAGUCAUUUGUUGGAGCAUGUGGCCACGCACAACAAGAAAAAGGAAAAGUGUGAUAUUUGUAAAAAGACAUACAAGACUUUAAAAUCUAUGAUCAACCACAUUAGGAAAUAUCACAGUAGCACUGCCAAGGGACGCGAAUAUCUGGCCACCUUCCUUCAGAACCCUGCCAAAGGCUCAACUGUCAUUCACCAGUGUCAUGUCUGUAAUCGCAAGUUCAAGAAGAAGGUUGAUCGUGACCGACAUCUGUUUGUACACGACAUUAAAGACAUUCCCAGCAUACAACACUGUGAAUUGUGUGAUUACACCGCCAGUCGUAAGGUUUACCUUGAAAAACACUACCAGAAACAUCGUGUCAUAUACCGUUGUGUCAAAUGUCCCCUCAAGUUCCUUAGUACAAUACGUCUGAUUGACCAUCUGACCAGUGUCCACCUCAAGGUUGACUUGACCAACAAGUGGGAGGAGUUAUUUGAGCAAUGCAUCAACUACAGCCUUUAUCUACCUGAACCUGACGAACUUCUGGAAAUGAAGGAGUUCAUCAACCUACCUCCAGAACUCUCUAGCUCUGUGUUGAAAAAUGAAGCCAAGUUAAAUGCUGAGCUUGGUGUAUUGUGUACAGAUAAGUCUAUGGACGUAGGUGAUGUAAAUGGGGUCCCUGGGGAUGUAAAUGGGGUCCCUGGGGAUGUAAAUGGGGUCCCUGGGGAUGUUAAUGGGGUCCCUGGGGAUGUAAAUGGGGUCCCUGGGGAAGUUAAUGGGGUCCCUGGGGAUGUAACAGAGGACCUUGUGUCUGUGGCUUUACAGUCCUCACAGGAGCAGGUGACCAACAGUACAGGUCAGGAUGACCCGAGCUCUUCGCUGGUCAGUCAGGAUUCUACAGUCAAAGAUUUGGAUGAUACCACUGACAAAGAAACCUUGGAGGACAGCAGUAAAGAUGUUAACACAGAGGCCAAUGACACUUCACCUGAUGAGGUGAUGGAGACAGAGAUCAGCUCGGAGAAUGCUGUACCAGAAAUAAACAACGGAGAUACUGUGGAGAGGGAGGAGGUAGACAUUGGGCUGACAGAGGAGGGACUAGAAGAGGGAGAUGAUGAUCUGGACCAGAAUCAGCUGGAGGAGCUGGGUGAUAUAGGGGAGGGAUCAGAAGGGUCAAGUGGCAAGAUAGCAAGUAAAGAACUUAUACAGCGUAUGGGAUAUCGUACGAUGACGAUGGACAUCUUCCACAAAAUGAGGGAAACAUUCGGUACAGAGGAAUGUGAAUACUGUGGCAAAUUAUACUACAAUAAGGUGGACUUUGAUACUCAUCUACGAACACACACAGGAGACAAGCCGUUCCCCUGUAAUAUAUGUGGGUACCGCGGUCUAACCAAAGAGAACCUGAGUCGCCAUAAGGAGAAGGAGCAUGAGAAGCUGACCUUUCCGUGUAAGGACUGUAAUUUUGAGUUUGUGGCCAACAGUCGUUCACAGCUGUGGAAUCAUACGAUGAAACAUCGCGGUCUGCACGAAGCCAUGGGUAUAGAGUGCCCUACCUGUAAAUCCAAGUUGGAGAACAUGAAGAAAUUGAAGGCUCACUUCAGUACUGACCACCCUGAUUUAAACCUAGACGAGCAGCUCAAAGUCACCGGGUAUAAGGAGAUUAAACAUCGCACACAAGGAAAGAUGGGUCGGAGGUCAUACAAGUGUCCAUACUGUGAUAAAGUUUUUAUACGAGCUAACUCAGAGCUGCAGAAACACAUCUGGAUUCAUGAGGGCAUUAAGCCAUACAAAUGUCCAUUGUGUACAUACUCCUGUCGUAGUAAAAACAAUCUUCAGGCCCACAUGUUGCGGCACACGGAGGAGAAACCCUACUCCUGCUCAGAAUGUGGCAAGGCCUAUAAGUCACAGACAGCCUUACGCUGGCAUGUCAGAUCUCACAAGGAUGGAAAGCUUUUUAAAUGUGACAGAUGUCCGUACGAGGCGACACAGAGGAGCCACCUGAAGCGCCACCUCCAGACACACGACGUGGUGAAGCGGUUUAUGUGCAUGCACUGUGAGUUCUCGGCUAACACCAUUGGCUACAUGAAGAUCCAUUACACCCGGCAUCAUAAGGGUGAGACCUUUGAGUACCCCAGUACCACUGGGAUAGAGGCUGACAAGCAGGUAGUGAUGGUGGACUCACAGGCAUAUCGCUGUCUCAGCUGUGACUAUCUGUUUGGCAACAUGAGUGAUCUCAAACGUCACCUCAAGAUCCGACACCAUCUCCAGGUGCAGCAGAUACAGGGGUUAGACCAGGUCCCUGUAAGUGAGGUCCAGGUACUUCAGUGUUCAGAUGAUGCGCUAGCAUCUACAGUUGUUGAACAGAUUGCAGAAGGGGAGACAACCACAGAUGUAGUAGAACCUAGUCAGACAAUGGAAACAAACGAUUUGGAUGAGAAGACACAGUCUGCAGUCAGCAUAUUACAGCAGAUCAUUGAUAUGUCCCAACAGGGAGGUCAGCCAUUUACAGUCCAGGGAGAGGAUGGCCAGAUGGUGUCUGUAAACCCGGAGACUAUCAUCGUCCAGCAGGAAGGAGAAGAGGUGCUGCUGACAGAGGGUGGCACAGAGCUGGAAGGUAACCAGCAGUAUGUGAUCCAGUAUGUCACCCCAGAGGAAGCCGAAUUUGACCAGCUGGACCAGGCCUCUUUGGUAGAGGUCCAGACUGUUCCUGAAGAGGUGGAGACCAUACAGACUAGCAUCGUCAUGGAGGAAGCCAGUGUAUCCAUGGAAACAGAAUAAUUUCUUAUAGACCUGUCUCUAAAUGAUGCUGUUUGUCACGUGGUUAUUGUGGCCAGUAGGUGAUAUCUUCUUCAGCUUUGCGUAUGAAAGCAGUCAUUAUUCGAGUGCUGGACUGAAAGUAUGAUUCUCUUGGAGUAGAGGCUUCUUAAUGCCAAUAGACCGUGGCUGUUUGUAGGUCACUGAACUUUGAGUAAAGACAUAUUGGAAGUGUUCUUCACUUCAGUAGUAAGCCUGCAUCACAACUCACAGUAAAUGCCUUUCCUAUUAAUACUGACGAUAGAAACUUGCCAAGUACUUUCACAGGAAAAAAAAAAAGA